GAACAAUGCGGAAGGAUACCGGCACUCACUGUACGCUACGCUGCAGCUCUUAUAACCGCCUCACGAAGCUUAGCGCCAUUUUUUUCUCCGGAGGGAACCCAAGCGACAGACUCACCUUGUUAGACACAAAGUGUUUUGCCGAAAUGGCAGUGUAGACGUGUGCCGCGACCCAGCAGCAACCAACAAAACAGUGCAUCCAGCAAGUGCACUGAGUCACUUCUAAUCCAGCAAAAAUGUCGUCCUUCGUGGAAACCUACAGCACUGCUGCUUCUGACAGCAUAAGAGAGUUCAUCGCUACCCCAACAUCGUCACACACUCCAUUUGUGACCAACAACAGCCACUAUGACCAUGAUGAUGACAAGCUCACAGUGUGGCCUGGAAGACAUGGAGGCCCUUCUUUGGGGUUCUUCCUCUCCCAUGGCUGAAGGCAUGGACUCCAUUUUCGCACCCACCGACAAAAUCGGACACCAAGAAGGAGAAGGAGGAGCUUCGCUGGAGGGGGACGCUUUACCCGUGUCACCCCUUGCCUCCUCCUCGCCAUCUUCUCCCUACUCCCCCCCUCGAUUCUACUCUCCCCCUCCUUCACCUUCAUCUCUCCUUCAAAGGGACAAGGGUGGGAAUGAGUCGGACCUGCUGUCCCUCCCUUGGUUGGAUCCCCUAGAUCAGCUGAGAAGCGGCCAAAAGUUCUCAGAUGACAGAAAAGAGGACGUGCUCGGUGAUCUGCACUGGAUGGCUGAGAGAGUGGACCUGAGCGAGUUUGACCUGGACUCUCUGAUUGGCUCCUGCAGUCCUGCGGAAGAGUCCCCAAGCUCUCCAGAAGAUCUCCUUGCAUCCUUGGAUGUUCCCAUGGAGCUCGACUCAUUCCACCUUUCAGCUCUCUCAGCCCCCGAGCCCUUACCCCCACCUCCUGAACUCCCUCCUAACCUUCCCGCUGAUGGUGCUGCGGAUGAUUCGGAAUCUCACAUCGACAGUCAGGAGAUUCUUUCCUCUCCGUUUUGCGUCCCGGAUCCACAAGAAGAGCUGGAGAUCAAAUCUGAGCCCGCCUCCCCGAUCCCCUCUCUCCCAGCAGUUGCCUCUCCCUCCGCUCCAGACUUCACUCUGGACCUGGGAAGUGAGGUGGAUGUCCCUGAGAGUGAGGUGAAGCCCAUCGUAGCGUCUGUGGUUCCCCAGGUCCCCAAGAUUGUGCUCUCCCUCUCCCCAGCUCGCAUCAUCCUCGUAUUGGCCCCCAAAAGCGAAGUGUCCGUCACCACCACACCAGAGGUCAUUCAGUGCUCCCCACCAACCUCCCCAACAGAGAGGUCCCACAGAAGCAGGCCCUACCCCAAACCGAGCCCACCCGCUUCUCCCAGCAUGGUGGUUGAUGAAGGCAGGUCUUCCCGGGCCGCAGGUGGAACUGAGAGGACAACGCUGAAGUCCCCGAAGGACAAGAAGCUGAAGAAGAUGGAGCAGAAUAAGACUGCUGCUACGCGCUACAGGCAGAAGAAGAGGGUGGAGCAAGAUUCACUGCUGGCAGAGCAUGCAGUGCUGGAGAGGAAGAACGUGGAGCUGACGGAGAAGGCAGAGUCUCUGACCCGGGAGAUCGAGUACCUCAAAGAGCUGAUGGAAGAAGUGAGACAGACCAAGCUCAAAAGAGAGCUCAGGGCUGACAUCUAGUGGCUGAAACUAGAAACAGCAACUUUGUGUUUUAUCAGCAUGUCAGUUUAGUACGUUU